AUGACAACUUCGUCUUCAAGAUCAAGCUUUAAUGGUGGUACAAGAAUGAGGAACAAGAAGGUAAUAAGAUGCGACUGUGGUGAUGUUUGUGGUGUAUCAGUCUCACGAACACCUGAUAACCCAGGACGAAAAUUUUGGGGCUACCCUAAUUAUCAGGUGGAAGGAGGCAACUGUGGUUUUUUCAAAUGGGCGGAUGAAGAACUAGGUUAA